GGUUGCGCAUGUGUAAUGGCGUUUCGCCAUGUUGUCCUGUUUGUUUUGGAAGGCUGAGGUCAUAGUACACUGACAAUGUGCAACAUAUUGGGUAAAUUCGCACUGAAAUAGAAGAACAGUUUCUUACAGUAUUUCAGGACAAUUUUGAUCGAAAUGUUGAAAGAAAUUCUUACUCAAACACAAUUACGAAAUUUAAAAGAGCAUAAAUAUAGUGCCACGGGACAAUCGCUUAUUGAGCCGUAUUUUCAAGUUUAUUGGAGAUGGUUGAUUGAACAGAUCCCCAUGACAUGGGCACCUAACAGCAUCACACUGCUUGGACUUAUCAUCAAUGCAGUGACCACUCUUCUUUUAAUUAUAUGCUCGCCGGACGGCGUAACAGAGGCUCCCCGAUCAGUGUACCUCCUUUGUGCCUUAGGGGUGUUUAUCUAUCAGUCCCUGGAUGCCAUUGAUGGGAAGCAGGCACGCCGCACGGGAACCAACACCCCUCUAGGGGAACUGUUUGACCAUGGGUGUGAUUCAGUGUCCACAGUGUUUGUUGCACUGGGUGUAUCCAUCAGUCUGGAGCUGGGUCGGAACGUCCACUGGAUGAUGUUUAAUAUCUUCCUGGGCAUCUUCCUGUUUUAUAUGGCUCACUGGCAGACCUACGUUACAGGGACGUUACGGUUCUCAUUGUUUGAUGUCACAGAGACCCAGGUUCUAAUCAUGUCAUUAUAUUUCCUCAAUUUUUUAUUUGGAUCCCAUAUAUGGAACUUCCAGGUUCCAGUUAUAGGGGUUCCAUUACGCUUGAUUAUGAUAUAUUUUAGCCUUGCUCCUGCUUUUCUUCAGUUUUACAACAACAUAGGCAUCAUUUUACAGGGUGGUUCUGGCAAAAAUAAAUCCACAAUAGCAGGAACCAGCACAAUAUUUCCUGUAUUUCCAAUAGGAAUUGUGAUAGUAUUAGCCAUAGUAAUAGCUCACAAAUCACCAUCUCAUUUAUUUGAAAAUUACCCCUGUCUCUACCUCCUUAGUUUUGGCCUAUUGGCAGCAAAAGUCAUCAACCGAUUAAUAGUAGCUCACAUGACAAAGAGUGAGAUGGACCUCCUGGAUUCUGGGAUUUUGGGACCACUUCUACUCUUCUUAAAUCAAUAUUUCAACUGUUUAAUAAAUGAAGCCUUUGUCCUGUGGAUUUGCUUUUUUUAUGUGUCUCAGGAUGUCUUGCGAUAUUGCAUAGCAGUGUGCCAACAAAUUUGUCAGUUUUUGGAGAUAUAUUGUUUUGACAUUGUGACACCAUAUCCAGGGAAAAAGACCUCCAAGCAGUCGUGAGAAAAAAAGUGAGCAGCAGCAAGGAAUGCUGGGAUGUGGAGAAUAUUUCCACAUUCAAGCCAGCACUCACCAGCUAAAGAUCAACUGAAGCAUCCAAGAGGAGACAACUCGUACAGAUAUGUUUUAGUUUUAAUGUGUGAAUGAGGGGACAAUUGUAUGGUAUUUUAAAAUUAAUUUUUUUUUUUAAGUAUGACAGUGAUUUAUAUUAUGGCCAGGGUUUAGCAGUAUUUUAUAUGCUUGUCAAGUAUCAUUUAUACAGGAAUUUAUUUUUCUUGGUCACUUGUAUAUGAGCUCUUUUUAAUAUAUAUUUUUUUAAAAAUGCAUUUAUUGAGUGUGUCAAAGUGCUUUAAUUAAAUUGAAAUGUAGGAUUAUAUUUGCUCACUUCAGAAUAAUUUUGUAUACUCAAAUCAGUUUCCAAAAAUUCACUAUGAAUCAUUUGUUUUAAACAGGCAAUUGGUUUGUAAUUUAUUUAUCCAGCAUUAAAAAAAAAAGAGUUUUAAAAAAUCUAAAUCUUUGGUUCUAGUAAAAUGGGAAAAAAAUUAAGUGUUUUAAGUGCAAACAUGUAUGAUAAUUUAAGGGUCACAUUUUUUGUAAUGUUCUUGUAUGAAAGAAUAUGUUUAGAUACUAUGUAUCUAAACAAUCCUAAAAGUUGAACAAAAGCAAGGAUUGGGCUUUAAAGUUCUGCAAUUCUGUAUUCCAUAUUCAAAAUAGUCUGACAUAUAUGAAUUAAGUGCUAUUAAAUUAUAUAGCAUUAGGAAGGAUUAUUUUGUUUCGAUAUUUUGAAGCAUAAAUGUCUCAAAACAUAACUCACAUGUACUGUAUGUCUAAAACCUCAAUUCACAAGACAGUAGUUUUUGUUUCAGGAAAAACCUUUUCUUUUAAGGGGGAUGGGGGUUGGGGUGCAAAAAUCAAAAUUACUGAAGAGCAAUGAAUAUUCAAACUUAUGUCAAAAUUUGUCGAAGUGGAAUGUAUUCUUAGUACUCUUUAUGUAUAUUUUACACAUUUAGCAUGCUGCAAAAAUGCAGUCACUGUAUAAUAUACAUUCCAAAAGAUGGACUUAAGGUAAUUUUUAGCAGGCACUCCUGGAAAGUUUAUUAUGAAUAUUGUUUACAGUAGAAAAGUAUUUAUAAUUCCACCACCCUAUUCAGAGUACAGUCACUACCGGUGUAGUAUCUAUUCAGUGGGUAAGCUAGGCAUUUGCCACAUUUUAAUUUUUUUGUCCUGUUUUUUUUUACUUUGUCUCUAUGAUGCAUGUGGUGUAAAAGUAUGUAAUGGGUUCAGUGGUUCAUGUAUUUAUUAUUUCUUCUUCACAUAAUACAUGUAUAUUUUUCUUAUCCUCCAUUUCAAAAUCAUUGUUUGUGGUUAAAUCACAUUUUGCUCUUUGUGAUAAGAAUUUGAAGUCAACAUAUUUCAUGUUUGUAUCAUUUUUCAUAGAAUUUGAAUUAACAUGUAUGUCUUUACUCUUUUUCUUUGUUUUACAUUUUCAUUUUUUUCUUUCAAGGAAAUUAAUCAGCUUGAUUUGCAGCAUUUAUAUUUACAAUGUGGAAAAAAAGAUAAAUUUGCAUGCAAUUGAACAAACAUAGAAUAGUAUAUUCUGUUUGAUGAUAAAUUCAUAAGUCAAAAAUACUUUUUUCUCAUCUUGUUUCUGAUCCUGGCAUUUUUCAGAAACAGACUCUGCAGAAACACAAUACAAAUGUUUCAUUUUUAUUUUCAGACACUAUAUAUUUUGUGUUAACAGGCUACAUGCCCAUUGUUGAAAUAGCUGUGAUUUAUUUUCAAUUUCUACAAUUCAUAUCUUUGAAUUGGAUAAACUGAUGUCAACAGUUGUGUUUAUUUCAGUCCCAUACCAAUAAAUUAAGGGCUCUGUAAGUUUUGUUCUUUCAUUUAUCCACUAAUUCAUCAACGUCUUUGUGUUUCACAAUUCUCCCUUUCAUUGUUAAAUGAAAUGUAUUUCAAUCAAACUUUUACCAUGAUCACCAUUGUAUAUAAAAGCCCUGAAUGACCAUACAUUUUGACUGUUACACUUUAUAUACAUUAUUGUCACUUAAGGAAGUUUUAUCCUGUGGUAAGGGAGAUAAUUCAAAUAUUUACAGAUCACUGUGUUUCUUUCAUAAAAUUUCUCUUAACAGUAGUUUGUGUAAAAUUUUGCCUCAUGUGUUUCGCAAAAUUUGCUUGAAUAUUUUUUCAUUAGAAAAUCAUCAACGUUACUGGAGCUGUCAAAAUUGCAGCAAAAUUUAUGACAAUUGUAGCAGAAAUCCUCAAAAUUCUGGAGAAAUUUGUUAAAUUUAUUGAAAAAAUUGUAAAAAUUACAGAAAAUUUCAAUUAUAGUAAGCAAAAGGUCAUUCUCCCUUAACACCAGUCGAUCUUUAACUAAAAACAGCUUACAGUAUUACCUAUACAUUUUAUCCGGGAAAUUUUUUUUCAGUUAUCAGUUUUGCAAGAAUAGUGGGUAUCUGUCAACAUUUGUUUUCACUCUCAUUAUGCCCAUGGAAAGAUGGGGUAAACUGGGUACAUGUUUUGUUUUGUAAGCAAUACUCAUAUAUUUCUUGGGUUUGUUUUUUAUGUUUUGGUUUUUCAUUUCAAUUUUGUAAGCUUGAGGAUGGUUGUUAAGUUUUAUUCCAAUGAAUUUUUAGUUAACAAAUUUUAGACACUCUUUUAACUAAGUCCACCUUUAUCCAUUUGUCUCUUGCUCUACCCCAGAGUUACUGAAGGAGAGUUGGACCUCUUUUCCUCAAAGUUUUGCAAGACAAUAUGCUUCAUGAAAUAUCUGUGAUUUUUAUUUCAUCAAAUUAUAAUAAAUUUAUGAAAAUGUG